AUGGCAUCCCCAUUGAUCCGCCUCAGCCACAUCACCCUGCAAGUCUCCAGCGCCCAGAAGACCAUCGCCGAUCUGGUGACCAAAUACCGAUUCCGCCCGUUUGCCGCUCGUGGAUUGGACGGGACCUCGUCAUGUCAGGUGGCUUUAAGACACGGCGGAGUGACGCUCAUGGUGAACGAGAACCGUCAGCUGGUACGUUCCUCUCUGCUCUAUGAUUGGCCGGUUCCCCUCCCAUCAAUGGACACCGCCUGCAAUGUCAGCUACGAGGUGGAAGACCUCCCAGGUCUGUGCCGCCGAUUGGCCAACGAAGGUUGCCGCCUAUUAGUGCCGCCAACGGAGUUGCGUGAUGACGCCGGUCCAGUUUCGUACUGCGUGGUGAAGUCUAUAGCUGGAAACGUGAACCACACGUUGAUUGACCGCAGUCGCUACGGAGCGCCAUUUCUUCCUGGGUUCCAGCUGCUCCACAGUGAUGACGUCUCCGCGGGGGAUGUGACAUCUGUAGACCAUGUGACCUAUGCCUGCCCACGAGGAGCCACCCCGGGUGUCAUGGACUGGUAUAGACGUUGCUUUGGCUUCCAGCAUUUUCCUCUGUCCAGCGGAGAAGACCCUGCCCGUGGCUUCGAGAUUAGUGGCCCUCAGAUAGGUCUGCGCUUGACCUCCAUAGCGUGCCCCGGGCAUGAUGACGUCCCUAAGAUAGUUAUGGCUGAAGCUUUACCGCAGAACGGAACCAACCAGAUCGACCAGUUCCUGCGGCACCACCGAGAAGGCGGGAUUCAGCACGCCGGCCUCUCCACUCCUGAUAUCUUCAAAGCCGCCUCUUCACUGGCGCAGUGCGGAGUCGUGUUUGCUGGGCAGCCCCCGUCCUACUAUACGGACCCCCAGAAACAGGCGGAGAUCCUCCGUGCCGGGCUGGAGCCCCAACACCUCUCACAGUUGGGCAUCUUGCUGGAUUCUUCCACAGGAUCGGUGGAGGAGGACGGCAGGAUCCUGUUACAGGUCUUCACGGAGCCCCUAUUCAGCAAAGAUUCCUUCUACCUGGAGCUCAUCGAACGUCGGGGGGCCCAGGGAUUCGGUGAAGGAAAUAUCCGCGCUCUGUGGCGCUCUAUGCAGGAUAUGAUGGAAGAUCAGAGCCAGAAGCAGCAGGAGGGGGCCACGUCCCACUGA